CCCGCGGCUGCCGGGCUGGGCCGGGCCGGGCAGGGCCGGGGGAGGAGCGGCGAGAGACGGAAGUGAAAACAAGAGCGGGGGGACGGGGCUGCUGCCUCCCAGACGUGCUGUGGGUGUCCUGGCCUCUCCUCUCCGCGCCCUGCACCGCAACACCGGGGCAUCAGGUCUUUGGGUUUGAUCCUUGACUACUAAACAUCAUGAGCAACUACAGCGUGUCUUUGGUCGGCCCUGCUCCUUGGGGUUUCAGGCUUCAAGGGGGCAAGGAUUUCAACAUGCCCCUCUCUAUAUCUCGGCUUAACGACGGUGGCAAAGCAGCCCGAGCACACGUGGGGAUAGGCGAUGUGGUUCUCACCAUUGACGGGAUAAGCACGGAUGGGAUGACUCAUCUAGAAGCACAGAACAAGAUCAAGGCAUGUACAGGCAAUUUGAACAUGACUCUGCAAAGAGUGGCUACUGUACAAAAACCUGAUCUUAUUCAUGUACCGAAGGGAGAACCCGCAGAAGUAGUUAAGCCUGUGCCCAUUGCCUCUGCUGUCGCGCCCAAAGCCACUGCCACAGCCAGCGUGGCUUACAAUAAAACACCGAGGCCGUUUGGAGCCGUAACCACCUCCAAAGUCACCUCCAUCCCAUCACCAUCCUCCGCCUUCACCCCGGCCCAGGCGGCGGCUCCAUCCCAUACAUCUGCCGCCCCGGCCCCGUUUGCUGCUCCCGGACUGCAUGUUAAUACCAAGCCUAACGCUGAGCAGCGGCCGCCGAGCGCUGCUAAACCUGCAGUUAAUAUCCCACGGCAGCCCGGUGCGCCACACAAUGCCGGUGACGGCGCCCAGGAUGUAUCUGAGGGGCCACGACGAGGAUUCAGAGAGAACCAGGGGGAGAGUAAACAGCAAAAUGGGAAAAACCCACCCAAACGCCCCCCGCGGAAGCACAUUGUGGAUACCUACACGGAGUUCUACCACACGCCCACCCACAGCGAUGCCAGCAAGAAGCGGCUGAUUGAAGACACCGAAGACUGGCACCCCCGGACUGGCACCACCCAGUCCCGCUCCUUCCGCAUCCUGGCCCAGAUCACCGGCACCGAUCACAUGAAAGAACCUGAACAUGAAGGUGCAAAGAAGACUAAGAAAAGCCAAACAGAGAAUGGAGACUUCAGCAUACCUGCAGAUCUACCUAAUGGAGCAGGAGCCCAGGAUACCUCUAUUAAUCUGAAUAAAAACUCCGUGGCUACCCAGACUUCAGAGAUGCCACCUGUGCCAGAAUUUCCAUCCACAUCUUUACCACCUAUGAGUGAAAAUGGUGCUAGACCAGAACCUGCGGCUUCUCUUUUGCCAACAGCAGAGUCCUCCCCUGGUACUGCCCCCUCUCCCAGACUUUCUGGACAUGUUGCUCCAACAACACCUGGGAGGCAUGAAGCAUCCUUGCCUCCUUGUGAAACAAAGUCUUUCAGUAAAAUCUCCAUCUCUCAGUCUAAAUCUUCUAUAAGUCAUACAAGAAAAGUCCUGCUGGAAAAUCCUUUGGGAAGCCCACCCAAGUUUGGACCUGCUCCUGUUCCUGUUCUUUCUCCUUUCAUGCAGAGAUCAAAAAUUAAGAGCAUGGCAGCUGCUGCUGUGUCUGCUGCUCUUGCUAUCCGGGCCAGACUCUCGGAACCUAGUGUGUACCGCUCGCUCUUGGAUGCCCUGCUCAUCACGCCUGUCACUAAACCUCCUCCGCAGGCCAUCGGGCCCUCCAGGAAGUCCAUGAGUGCUCUGGAGCUGCUGAAGAGCAAGAGCGAUUCCCUGGAGCCUGCCCAGCCUGCUGCUCUAACAGCUGUAUCAGCAAGGAGCGUGCCCGCCCACCAAGGAAAUUCGGAGAUGAGACCUGGUCCCACCUUGUCCGCAGCCCCCAAGCCACCAGGACCCCCGGGUGCUGCCAAAUACUCGGGUUGGCAGCCCCCAAACCAAGCAGCUACUGCCAGUGGAUGGACAUCAAACAAUAUUAAACCACCUGGAACAACUGCCCCGAGCGAAAAAUCUGCCACAGCACCCCAGCUAAAUGAGCGAGACACGUUGGUUCAGAGGGCAGAGCACAUUCCAGCAGGAAAGCGCACUCCCAUGUGUGCACACUGUAAUCAAGUCAUCAGAGGACCCUUCUUGGUGGCUUUGGGGAAGUCGUGGCAUCCAGAGGAGUUUAAUUGUGCUCAUUGCAAAACCUCCAUGGCUUACAUUGGAUUCGUGGAAGAGAAAGGGGCGCUGUACUGCGAGGUCUGCUAUGAGAAGUUCUUCGCCCCUGAGUGUUCCAAGUGCCAGAGGAAGAUCCUUGGGGAAGUAAUAAAUGCUUUGAAACAAACUUGGCACGUUUCCUGCUUCGUAUGUGUGGCCUGUCAUAACCCCAUCCGCAAUAAUGUCUUCCACUUAGAAGACGGCGAUCCCUACUGUGAGACGGAUUACUAUGCCCUCUUCGGUACUCUCUGCCACGGCUGUGAAUUCCCCAUUGAAGCUGGAGACAGGUUUCUUGAAGCUCUGGGCCACACUUGGCAUGACACUUGCUUUGUAUGCUCAGUAUGUAGUGACAGUUUGGAGGGUCAGACUUUCUUCUCCAAGAAGGACAAGCCACUGUGCAAGAAACAUGCUCACUCUAUCAACAUCUGAUGCUUGGAGCUCAUCUUGUGUAACAAACGUGCUGAGCAGAAAGAAAGGUUCAAAUGUCCAUGUUCAAUAAUUGGUUAAAAUUAUUUAUAUAUGAUUUUCUAGAAUGAAAGUGAAAUGUGGAAACUUGUGGAGGGGCUUGUACAUUAAUUUUUAGAGUGUUUAUCAGUUAGGUUUUCGCUUCAUAAAAAGAUAGGAAUCUGGAAGUGCACCCAUGCCAAACAAUUAGAGUGCCUUUACCUUUACACUUGGCACAUUACUGCAUUGGUUUCAUGAUUUUAUUACCACAUUUAUAUCUGUUUCAGUAUAAAAAGUGAAACAUCUAUAAAAAUAAAUACCUGAUAUUAGAAGUCUUGGUUUUGCUGCUGUUCAAUGAGCGGAAGGAGAUUGACUUCAGUGAUCCAGAUCACUUUAUUGUGCUGAUGUUUUUUAAAGUGUGUCUAGAAGUAUUGCAGCUAAAGUCCAUUAAAAGGAACUCAAAGCAAAGAUAAGGUUGCACAGAAUAUUUAGCUCAACAACCGAUGUUUUUAUCUGAUACUCAUAUACAUGAGGCCUCCUGCACAAUUUACAUAUACCUGUGCUUUUGGCUGUUGAAUCUCUGAUGGUUCUGCAAAGGACAGAGAUUUUUCAGAGAGCAGUUUAGUGAGGUGGUGGCUAUGCUGGUGAACAGGAAUAAUGUAGAAGAUGCUACUUCUAAGAAAACAUAAAUGGGAUACUUAUGUGCUUAAUUCAUGUACUACCAGAACAGUAGCCAAAAAACUUGUUAGCAAAGUUAUGUUUGACAGGACAGAAACGUCAGAUCACAUCUUAAAAAUAGGGGAACACAGACUUACACUCUUACAUUCACAGUUCAGGUUUUAGGUAGUUUUAAGUGCCUUGGAAAGGGGAAAAUGCACUGAAUCUGCAGGUAGCGGUGUUUUAUAUCCAGAAUGUGAGACUCUGGUGUUGAAUGAGGGAAACUGCUGAAGCGCAACUGAGGACAUUGUUUUUCUCUCAGAACAUUCUUUACUGUGUAGCUCAUGAAUAUGUACAUUGGUGAUGUGCUGGGUAGCGUACCGCAAACUUACUUUCUUGCUCAGCUGUUAUGACUUUUAUUAGCUUAAGUUUUAUUUCUCUAUCUUUCUCCAGAUGUAGGGAAUGCAUUGAGUUAUCUCUCAGUUCUUGCAGGGGAGCAGAGACAACAGUGUCAUUAUGAGAUGUAGCCACUUUAGUGGCUUGAUGUGAAUUUUGCCUCCGUAGAGAGAGUCAGCCCAAGACAGGUGCACCAGCUAAGUCCCACUUAACUGCAAAUUAGGGCUUAAGUGGUAUGGAGCAAGUGCAGGCAUAUACUCUUUCCACCAGACACUAAAAUAAACCAUUUACUGAUUUUGUUGUUGUGGGUUUUUUUUACUGUUAAAAGGACAGGUUUAUUAAUAAAACCAUGGGGAUAAUCACAAAAAAUUGCCAUGGUUGAGUAAAGCAAUUGUAACAAGGAAUGUCAGCAAUAGAGGGGGAAAUAAAACCAAAAUUGCUGUACUGAAAUAUGAAAAGAUAAUUGGCUUUCUUAUUAAUCCAGUGAGACAGGUUCACGUUGUGUUUCACUUUAUUUCCUGAAGUUGUUUUUCUUCAAUACUGCCGUGUUUGGGUUUUUUUAACUUCUGGUGGUACAGAAGAAAUGGCAUAAAGCUGUUUAAAAUGUUUACACUCUUGUAGAUACACCCUUUUGUGAGUUUGGCUGGAAAUUGAAUGGGCAGAAGCAGACUGGACAAGAUAUGGCAAUAUACGAGCCAGGCUGCUUUUGAUAUUGGGUGGAAUGUGGAGAAAUGGGACCUGGAGUCCAGGUUUCAUUUGGUCUAUAUUGCACAUGAGUGAGGAAGGAGGAUGGGAAUGCACAAAAUAAGGCGUUCAGUAAUUUCUACAAUUCAAACCUCACUAUUUUAACGUAGGAUAGAAAGUUUUCGGUUUGUCUUUGACAUUAAAAUCAAGUUGAAUUUUGUUUAGCUUCAUAAUUUUAAUUAGAAUUUUAUUUCUUAAUCCAUUUGCUCUACGGUUUAACAUUUUGCAGUCGUUAAUAUAUUUGAGGACAAAAGCCUGGAUGGUUCCAGUAGUAUUGCUUCAUUUAGCUGCUUUGCCUUUUAAUUUCUGCUUUUAUCUAUUUGUCUAAAAUUUAAAAGGAAGCAUAGAGUCACUGAUAUAGAAUGAAUAUUUAAUGGCUCUAUCAAAUUAUAUAAAUCAACUGAAAGGAACAUAAUUUUUAUCAUUAUUUUAAUAAGUGAGAUUUUAGUAGAGCACUUUAUAAUAAUGCCAUAUAUCUCACUGAAUAUUUAUUAUCUUUUUGUUUGUUUGUUUAGGACUAUUUCAUACUGGUAUCUUUAUAUUUUGUUUUAUUUGUAAGUCUGCAUAUUUACCUUUAGAAUCUUUUGGGGUGCGACUGUGUAUAUGUGUAUGCAUUUAUAUAUACUUCUCUAUACAUGCACACAUACGCAUGUACAUUGAGAGACAUAUAUAUAUAUGCACAUAUGCAUACGUAUAUUUGACUGCCGGCUUGACAUAACAAAAAUCAGCACCGUUCCAGAUUUCAUGAGAUUCCCAAGUAUUUUUCAUAUCAUAUAUGUAUAGCAUUCAUGUUUUGAGGGAAUGUUAGAAAAUCAGGAGCGACAGGUUAGUAACCUGACUACUGUAGUUUUUCUUAUGCAUUUUCAGUCAGUAAUUAUUUUUCUUCCAAAACUGCCUGUAAAAGAAUUGGAUUGAACUCUGAAGGUAGAAGGUCUUUUAAGUGAAUAGUUGAAUCACGAUGACAGUUUCAGUAUAUUGUAACUAAGUAAUUCAGAAUUAUCUGUAAAUACAAAUGCUUAAUAUAACAAUGCAAUAAACUUAAAAGCAAAAGUUGA